AUGUCUGAAUUAUUUAUUGGCCAUGUAGUCACUCUGACCGACGGUCGGCAGGCCACCGUCCGGUUUAUUGGCACUACGCAUUUUGCUGCCGGCGAUUGGGUCGGUAUUGAGCUGGAUGAACCUACAGGGAAAAACGAUGGCGCCGUUCAAGGAGAACGAUAUUUUGACUGUGAACCGGGCUAUGGAAUGUUUAUACGGCCAUCUGCUGUUGCCGCUAUCGUUGAACAGCCUGUGCGGGAGACGAAACAACCUCCCAGGGGCGGCGCCAGUGCUCCAGCGAACAGAGGACGAGCGCAGACUGGUUCUACAACAAGCGGGAUUGCCAUGAAAAGACCCAGCGCUUUGCCUGCGAACAAUGUCAAAAGACAUAGCGUCAGUGCUGCGAGCCCGUCGCCAACUUCGCGGUCCGCAUCUCAGCGGACGUCUAGGGUAAAUUGGUCCAUGCUUGCCAAUGUUCUAGUGACUGCUAACAUGUCGCAGGUGCAGUCGCCGCUAAAAUCGCCGAUCAAGUCUCCAUCGACCCCCGCCGGUCCUGUUUCCUCGACUCGUUCGUCCAUCAGUGGCCCAUCGCGGCCGUCCGCAGUAAAAGCCCGCCCUCCGUCCGGACCAAAGACGUCGAUGGGCCCUCCUCCGCCUCCCUCUGCCGCCGCUCGCCAAUCUCGAUCCAAGGCGGCCAGACCAAGACAGUUGAAGCGGCCUGCACUGCGCCCAACCGCUCCCAACAAGUCAUCGGAGGAGACAGAAAGCCACACGAAUCCUAGAGAUGCUGAGCCUGACAUGGACGGAAACGAGGCUCCUACCCGCAAGACAUCUGAAAAGGGACCAAGCUCGGCGCGCCCGGCCGGCGGCCGCCCUAGCCUCACGUCUUCCUCGCAACGGCAAGCACAAAACAAUUCUGCCGCAGUCGCGAGGGAGCUUGAUGAGAUGAAGACAAAGCUCAGGGUCAUGGAGAAGAAACGAGCGGAGGACCGAGAAAAGCUUAAAACUCUAGAGAAACUACAGUCAGAGAGGGAUAAGUUCGAAGCCAUCAUCCAGAAGCUGCAAGCAAAGUACCAGCCGCAACAGCUUGAGAUUGGAGAAUUGCGCAAGAAACUAAAAGACACUGAGGCCAAGCUUGAGGAGGUUGAGCGUCUCCAAGCGGAGCAUGAAUCGAUCCUGGAAAUGGCAGCAUUGGACCGUGAAAUGGCCGAAGAGACAGCUGAUGCGUUCAAGCACGAGUUUGAGGAGCUUGAACUCGAGCUGGAUGUCCUAAGGGAGGAGAACGAGGAGCUGGGCCAGGUCAUGACUCCUGAAGAGAAAUCCAGCCAUGGAUGGCUCCAAAUGGAAAAGACAAAUGAGCGCCUCCGCGAAGCUUUGAUUCGACUCCGGGACAUGACCCAACAGCAGGAAUCGGAGCUACGAGAUCAGAUCAAGGAACUCCAGCAGGAUUUGGAGGAUUAUGCUGCGAUUAAAUCCCAGUACGAAGCAACGAAAGAGAAGCUGCUUGUAUCUGAGAAUAAUGUCGAAGAUCUCAAGCAGCAGCUGGAAACAGCACUCGGGGCUGAAGAGAUGAUAGAAGAGCUCGCGGACAAGAACAUGCGAUACCAGGAAGAGAUCAACGAGCUCAAAGCUGCUAUCGAAGACUUGGAGGCGUUGAAAGAGAUCAACGAUGAGCUUGAAUACAACCACAUCGAAACAGAAAAGCAACUGCAGGAAGAGAUUGAUUAUCGAGAAAGCCUGUUCAACGAACAAUGCCGAAAGAUCUCUCAGCAAGAUGAACUGGAUAUGCGAGCAUCUCAGCAGAUUUCAGAAGCCGAGGCGAACGAUCUUACGACGCGGUCGCGAGCCAUGAUAGACUUGAAUAUGAAACUACAGGCGUCGAUGGCCAAGACGCAGACAAAGACAAUCGAUAUCGAACUAAACCGUAUGAACGCAGAGGAAGCUAUACAGCAUCUAUCCAUUCUCAAACUUUAUUUGCCGGACUAUUUUGACGGAGAGCGAGACUCACGGGUCAGCUUCAAGGCCUCUCUGAUGAACAACACCAUACCUUCGAUAGCGACAGCUCUCGAUGACAUAUUCCUCAUGUAUAUCUCGUCUCUGAGCGACCGCUGCUCCGCGGAAAAUUUCGAGAGCAUCAAAGGAGCGUUGUUCGAGAUGGAGCCAGUGGAGCGCACGUUGAAUUUCUGGAUGGAAGGCUUGAAGAAAAACGAACUGAACCUCAGAAAAUCCAUCGCUCUGCUUUCUCAUCUAGCAGAGACCCUCCUUCCUACAUCCCUCGAGGCUUUUGCGGAUGAACUCUGCAUGCGCUCAUCGUUGACGCAGUCUUAUAUCGAUCAUACUGCAACUUGCAUGGCACAGGAAGGUGAUGAGGAGUGCUCUUUGCUCUUCACCAAAGCGGAUGGGUUCGUGUCCCAAGCUCGGGGGUUGAAAGUUGCCCUGGGCAAGGUUUGUCGUACGCUCGAAGACCUCAGAUCGCGAUCACUGUCUCUAUCACGAGACGUUGCCGGCCCCUUCAAGAGCGCCGAAGAAGCUGCCAAGGAGCUCUCUGCUUUGGCACGUCAGCUUGGGGAGAACUUGGCGAUUCUCAUUAGCGAUGAGACUCGGAUCAAACCCUUGACUAUCGAAGAGGCAUCGAAGACGAUGUCAGAAACCUCCACAGCUUAUUGUCUACCGUCUGAAGGAUCCGAAAACAAUGACACCAUGUCCCUACUCCAUAGUCGAUUACGUACUCUGAGUGGCCUCCUCGAGGAGCUGGACGCGGUCUCGUCCGAUCUAUCCAUCACCACAGAGUUUGAGAGGCGCCCUGCCCCAUGGAUUGCAAGAGCUGCGGAGCUCAGGUCGAAUAAGACAAACUCUCCAGACGCCGAUGAGGAAAUACGAAGGCUCAAGAACGAGAUACAUGAAGCGUCGACAGCGCUGGGGGUCAAGGACAAAACAAUUGAGGAGCAAGCUCUUCGAGUAGAACUGGUAGAAUCGAGAAUGCGUGAGGCCACCAAGAAAGCAUCCAUGGUCAAGGACCUUGAAAGCAAGAUCGAGGAGAUGCAGGUGAAGCAAGCGGACCUUGAAGGGGUUAUUGAGACACAACGCAAGGACCUGCAAGCCUUGGAAGCGGAGCGAGAGGAACUCAAGAAUCGUCUUGAGCGGGUCAAACGACUCUCCGGUACAACAGGAGUCGGAACCACAACGGACGGUGUUGUCAUCGAUAACAGUCUCUCCUUGGCGGCCAUGCGCGAGAACGAGGCUCUUCGCGCAGAAGUCGCCAGCCUACAAGCGGCUGUCCGCUUCCUUCGCGAAGAAAACCGACGCUCGAACAUGCUCGACCCGUACUCGGUGCAACGGGCGGCGGAUAUGCACUCAUGGCUCGACUUGCCGCUUACCAAACCACCCUCCGGCGCUCUGCAUGACAAGGUCCAACAGACUGCAUCCGAAAGCAGGGACGUCUUUGCUCAUCUUCUCAAGCUGACGAAAGAAUCCAACGUCCGCGAUCUCAAGUCUACCAUGUCCCAGAACAAUGGCAACCGUGUCGGCUGGCGCCCAUCGAAAGUCAAGCUCCGCUACCAGGUGCUACAACAGCGUGAGAACUACGAGCGCUGGGCAGAAUGGAAAGAUGACAUCGUCCGCCACGAGCGGGAGCAGGAUAGGUUGGCCGCCGCGAAGAAAGAGAGAAUCUCUCGCGAACGCGCUCAGAAACAUGCGUCGCGGAACUCGGUCUUUGGUGAUUUCCCCAAGGGUCUGGGGCAUGGCAUGAUGGGUGCCGCCUGGCAGAUACUGGGCAUGGAACAUGGUGAUCCCAAAGCGUUUGACCAGCCGAUCGAGACUUCUCUGGCGCCUUCUUAUUAA